UUUGUGGUUAAAGAUGCAUGCUAAAUGGUUUUCAAAUUGUUAUAAUACGCCUUGUACUCAUAUAUCAUCAUUACCAUGGGAAUAUUUAACUCGAUGCACAUAGUGUAUCUAAUAAUUUAUGAUUCAGUAGUUAGGCAUGACGAUUAACAAAUGUUUAAAGGGAUCUGAAUGAUUAUAAUGCGCAGCGUGUAAUUACAAAACGCUGUGCAUUAUACAUUGUCGUUUUGUUCAAUAAAGGAGAGACUAUUUCAUAGGAGAAUUGUCUUUCAUAAAAGAUGUGAUGGAAAUUUUAAAGAAAGGCUUGGCUUUCAUAAUUUUCCUAACUUUGUACAGGCAAUAUAGAUGUUUAUUGGAAGAAUUUUGUGAACAAGAUGACUUCGAAUGCCAGCAUUCUAACAAUAUAGAUGGUAUCGGGUAUCUGCAGCAUGACAGAAGUCAGCAAUCUAAUAUACUUCGUCGAUUGCAACAGCUCAGUAUGUUGGAAUGUGUAAGAGAAUGCUUUUUGACAUCAUGGUGCGUCGCUGUGAAUUAUAGAAAGAAUUGGAAAAUAUGCGAUGUACUUGGUGAUCUUACUGCUGGGGAAAAUCUGCAGAUCGAAGUAGGAAGUAUCUAUACUAAACGAUCAACCUGGUCUAAGUCUUUAUCCGGAUCAUGUGCAGACCACACUUGUUUUGCCGGAGAGAAAUGUGUACAACUAAGAACUGGCGGAAAUAACUGUUCAUCCGUUUAUUGUAAGGAUUCUGUCCCAAUCGCAGAUAAUGCUACUUAUAUUGAAACGUUUGGAUUAUAUAGAAAUUUGAAAGCUGGAAAUAAAUUCAAAUGUAAAGCAGGUUUUUUGAUGAUAGGACGUCCCUUUAUAGUAUGUAAUGAGAAUGGAAACUGGAAUAAGAUGUUUUCAUGCAACGAAAAAAGUCUCCUACGUGACUGUAGCGACUUUCCACAAGGAAGUGCAUCAGGAGUAUACACAAUUUAUCCAAAAGAUACAAAAUUCGAUGUUUACUGUGACAUGGAAACAGCAGGGUUUGGAUGGACUGUUUUCCAAAGGAGAAUAAAUGGCGCUAUAAAUUUUUACAGAGGAUGGUCUAAAUACAGGGUUGGUUUCGGAAAUUUGAAAUCUGAGUUUUGGUUGGGUAAUAAAUUCAUAAACUUGAUUACAUCUACUGCAAAGUACAGGCUGUACAUUCACCUUGAAGAUUUUGAAGGGAAUUCGAGAUACGCAGAGUACAGCAACUUCAGUGUAGGAGAUGAAGCAACUAAUUACGUUUUGAAUGUGAGUGGAUAUAGUGGGGAUGCAGGAAAUAGCCUGUCGUACCCUAGCUACAAAAACCACAACGGCAUGAUGUUUUCUACCAUAGACAGGGAUAACGACAGAACUGACGUCAGCUGUGCAACAACGUUUAAAGGAGGGUGGUGGUACAAUGCAUGUCAUAGGGCUAAUUUGAAUGGAGAAUAUUUAGGUGGAUUGCACAACUCGUACGCCGAUGGUAUUGAAUGGAUUGAUUGGAGAGGAUAUUACUAUUCCCUGAAAUCUACUAAAAUGAUGAUUAAACGACACUAAAACACGUUUUUCUGGGACUCAAAUUUUCAUUUUUAAAAGAAAAAAAGAACGUUUUGUGAAAGUGGUUCAGUGAUGUAACUACUAUCUUUUCUUAAAACAAGUACAUAGUGUUAACUAGAUCUUGGUGAUUCUAUUGAUAAUUUGUUUUAUCAUAUAUUUAGUACUAAAUACAGACAUUUUAUAUAUCUAAUAAAGGUUUUUUUCUCAA